UUAUUUUCUUCUAUAAAUACCCUAAUCAUCAAAUUGUCCAAAAACAUAAUACAAAGGCAAUUGCUGCAACUAAAUUCUAGGGGUUUUUUCUUCAGUGCAAAGAUGGGUUCUGUAAAAAGGCUAGAAGGUAAAGUGGCCUUGAUAACAGGGGGAGCCAGUGGAAUUGGCGAGAGCACGGCGAGGCUUUUCGUUCAACAUGGAGCCAAAGUUGUCAUUGCGGACAUUCACGAUGAUCUCGGAAGCUCAAUCUGCGAACAACUUGGCGGCCAUGGAAUAAUUUCUUAUGUUCAUUGUGAUGUUACUUGUGAUUCAGAUGUUCGAAAUGCAGUGCAUUUAGCUGUUUCAAAGUACGGGAAGCUCGACAUCAUGCUUAAUAAUGCUGGAGUAGGCAAUUUGGCGACCGAUAUAGUGGAUACAAGCAAUGAAGAUUUCAAGAAAGUUAUGGAUACCAAUGUAUUUGGCGGAUUUUUGGGUGCCAAACAUGCCUCUAGGGUUAUGAUCCCGGCCAAGAAUGGAUGCAUUCUUUUCACCGCCAGUUCGUUGUCGGUGUGGGCUGGUUUUGCCGGGCAUUCGUACGUGGCGUCGAAGCAUGCGGUGGUGGGAUUGGCCAAGAGUUUGUGUGUUGAGUUGGGACAAUAUGGGAUUAGGGUCAACUGCAUUUCACCGCAUAUGGUGGCGACGCCAAUGUUAACGAAAGCCAUGGGGGUGGAGAAAGAAGCAGUGGAAAGCUUGGCUUCUAAAGCAGCGAACUUGAAAGGGAAGGUUUUGACGGUGGAAGAUGUGGCGGCGGCGGCGUUGUAUUUAGCUAGCGACGAGUCACAAUAUUUGAGCGGCGUUAAUUUAGUGGUUGAUGGAGGGUAUAGCGUUACUAAUACUUCGUUGUCAAUGACAAUCGAAAGCCUUACGUCUUAACACCCUCAGAUAUUCCCGUCAUGUUUAUAUUAUGCAUUCCUGUCGCAUGAAUUCUAUGCUUCGAUCCAGGAGACUCCCAACGCUCAACAUGUGAUUACUUACAUUCCAAUUAAAAAAACACUCAUUUCAUCA